AGGGUGAGUAAUAAAUGACACAACUUUCAUUUUUGGGUGAACUAACCCUUUAAUGGGUGCUUUUGCUUUUAUUUCAUUGUAAUGUGGUAGUUUUUGGUAGUCUACUGUAUAAUAGCUAGUUUAUUGUGUAGUGUAUAGUAUUGUGGAGUGGAGGCUGAAUCUUGUUGUUGAAUUGGAACUAAACACUAUAACAUAUAUGAGAUAUGAUCAACAUGCUUAAUGUAUGAUUAACAUAAUUACGAAAUGCUCCUAUAUUGCGUUAAUCUACAAUAGUUUUGCUAAUGGAAUGUAUAUCCAUGUAGGACAAUCUGCAGUAAAUCCCUUUAGGCUUUUUAUGUUGUUAAUAAUUCUGUUGUUUUAAAUACUGAUCGCUUGGGGGCGCUUAAGGCAUGUCCCUUUCCCAUUUAAGAAUGAAAUUGCACACUCCUGACUCUGGAACCCAUUCACUCUACGCUGGUAGUGGUACCUAGUGUGCGAAAAGAGCACUGAACAUUUACAUGUUUAGAACAUAUGCGUGAUUCGUUCCUUUUAGAAGUUCUAAAUUCUGAUUUUACACUUAAUUUGGGUUACAAAGGAUUACUGAAGAAAUUGUACGAAUUUUAAACGAAAAAAAAUAUAUUUCAAAUGUUUAAUAUCAACAUAAAUUAUUGUUUUUAAUUGAAUAUAUUUUACAGAGAUUCCAAUAAAUAUGCAGUAUGAAAAAAUAUAAUUUUAUAUUUAAACGGUAGGAUUUGUCUGUCAGGUGCACGCUUACGUCAUCAUAGCGCAAGAAAGUAAAAAGGGGGAGUGUAAGAGUAGGUGACAUCUCUAUUUCUGUACAGUCCACUUUAUCGCUAGCAACUGUGGGGAGUUCAGGACAGAAGUAGUUUAGUUCCCCUUGAAAAUGCAGCAGUUUCCUGAUGAGAGGAAGUAGGCGAUUUCACACCUCCUUCGCAGGCUAUUAGGCUAAUCCUGUUAAUCGUAGGAUGGGAGUGACUUCGACCGAUAAAUACAACUUGGUACUUUUCACACUGGAACUAGUUUCAUUGGUACAGGCAGCAUGUGCUGGAGGAACAUGCGAAAACGUAUUUAAAGGUUUCUCAGACUGUCUGCUCAGUCUUGGAGAAAACAUGGUGAACUAUUCCCAAGAGCUGGAUGACAGUGAAAACCUACAGACCAUCUGCUCAUAUUGGAAUGACUUCCACUCGUGUGCCUCCACCGCAAUUGCAGAUUGUCAAGAAGGAGCAGGCCUUUGGGAAAAACUGAAACUGCAGUCCCGGAGCUUGAACUAUCAGGGAAGCUUGUUUGAAUUAUGCUCUGGGGAUAAUGGAGUAUCCAGAGUUUUAUUAUCAAUGGAACUGAAGAUAUUGCUGAUGUGUUUCAUCACACUAGUGGCUUGGCUUACUUUUGAUUAAGAAACCUGAAGACAUGACCUGAAACAAGUUUCUAAAUGGAUUAUAUUCACCCCUGUUUCUCUUCAGCUGAAUCAGUUCAUGUUUUGAUGCAUAUAGACUUCUUGGCACUCUUUGAAAAAAAAAAAAACUAUGGAAGAAUUCAAAAAUGACUUUCUUAAAGGGAUAGUUCGCUCAAAAUUGAAAAUCUGUCAUCAUUUACUCACCCUCAAGUGGCUCCAAAGUGGACUUUCUUUCUUCCGUUGAACACAAAAGAAGAUAUUUUAAUGAAUGUUGGUAACGCGACAGUUGACGGCACCCAAUGACUUCCAUAGUAUUUUUUUUUCCUACUAUGGAAGUCAAUGGGUAACAUCAACUCUCUGGUUACCCACAUUCUUUAAAACAUCUUCUUUUGUGUUCAGCAGAAGAAACAAAGUCAUACAGGUUUGGAACCACUUGAGGUAAGUAAUGACAGAAUUUUCAUUUUGGGUGAACUAUCCCUAUGGCCUAAUUUUUUCUUUACCAAAUUUUGAAGAUGAUUUCCAGUAUCUUAUGAAAAUCUAUAUUUUAAAAUGCAAUUGUUUUGUCCAUUGCUGUGUAAAAACAGCAGGACCAAUAAUAGAAUUUUGUUUUAUUAUUUAAGCAUGCUUAAAUUAAAUGAUAAGCACAUAUUUAACAGCACAGAUUGUUUUUCUUCAAAGCCCAAUCUGCUCAAACAAAAUGAACUUAAUAUGAUAGAUUGUAUUACCGUAAUACAAUAUAGGACAAUAAUGACUAAUGCAGAUAAAUUAAAAUGACAUUUGCAAUACGUAAAAUUAUAGAAAAGUGUUGAAACUGAAGCAAAUGAAGUACAAAUCAAAUAAAUCACAUAUUGUUUGGAUAAAGACCAUGUAUUUUUUAUUUAAAGUUUUUUUUCUCAUUUUUACUUUGACUUCACUCACUAUAAAUUAUUUGUUGUAUUUUGAGAUUCUCUGUCAUCUAAAUAGUUUCAAAAGGUUCAAGCUCAUUAGAGAGAUCCUGAGAUUACAGUCCUGCUCUUUCACCCCCUCCCAGUACAGCGAGUUGCUUUAAAUAAAAUAAACAGCUAAAUGCAAGCGAUUCCACAUACAGUACUGUAUAUUUUUCUAUGAGGAGCUGCAUAUGCUAUAAAGUUACAGAGCCUCUAGCAUUUUUUCCUCUUUAAUGACAGCGGAAAACCUGAACAUCUGUCUAAAGCAAGACACACACAAUAUUACAUAUUAAAAUAGAGGGAACAUGUUCGUUGGAAUAAUAAUGGCAGGAGAAGCGCAGAUGCUCUCUUUCCUGUAAAUCCCAGCCCUUGAAAUAGGACCACGGCCUGGUUAUUAACACGUGCUGCACUGACGGUCCUAAUCAUUCCCUGAAGGGAUUGUGCGUUCAUCGACUCAAGCACAUCUGUCUUUUUGUGUGCUACAUAGCCUGACAUGAACAAAAUAAAAGCAGAUGUAAUUCAGUCACCUUGAGAGUAGAAUAUACCCUAAGUGGGAGUGGAAAAUGAAAAAAAUUUUUGCUUAAAUUAUUCAGUCAA